AUGUCAACCUCUCCGUAUCCUGCUAUUGUUCAACCUCAGUGGCCACCUAGUGGUGAUCAAAGGCCCGUAUACUAUCGACAGCCAUCUACUAUGUCACGGACUAGUCCCACAGGUCCUGAUCCUACACCUCAGAUCUGGCUGAUAGAUCCUUCUGACUUUUAUGAUUUUGGGGAUAAAACUAAAACAGCUGCUGUUACUAUAGCUGAACGCCUAAAAGCUUUCUCUAAGAAGUGGUUCACUCAUAUUUUACUCUUUAUUGUUCUCAUGAUCUACGCUUCUGUGGGAGCUGUCAUUUUCCGUUUGAUAGAGGGUCCACACGAGAGUCCUGAGAUAAUUGACCUUCCAGACGUUCGCAGUGUUAUGGCAGACAUUUUGUGGAAUAUUUCUAGAAUAGAUAAUAUUUCUGAGAAUGAAUGGCAGAUCUCAGCUCAUUUGGAGCUCAAAAAAUACGAAGGACAAGUGUUUCAGGCUAUUUCAUCCAGUGCCACUACAAUAGACGAAGCGAGGCAGUGGACAUUCUUUGGAUCCCUGUUCUUCUGCGGGACCGUGUACACCACGAUAGGAUAUGGUAACAUAGCUCCCAGUACUACUGCAGGAAGAGCAGCUACCAUUGUGUACGCUUUCAUCGGAAUCCCACUGCUGCUAAUGGUGCUUGCGGACUUGGGCAAACUCUUCACUCGAGCCAUUAAGUUUCUCUUCUUUUUCAUUCGCCAAUUCUACUAUACGGGAAAAUGUCGAAAGAUGCGAAGAGCCGGAAGAAGAGCAACAGCUGUUCCGGUCCAGGUAUCACAUGUAAUGAUGUUAUCAGUCGAGAGAGAACACACAAUAACGUUAAUGUACGAAACUACACGUAUCACACAGUGGAAUGUAGGUAGUUAUCAGUGGAGAGAGAACACACAAUAACGUUAAUGUACGAAACUACACGUAUCACACAGUGGAAUGUAGGUAGUUAUCAGUGGAGAGAGAACACACAAUAACGUUAAUGUACGAAACUACACGUAUCACACAGUGGAAUGUAGGUAGUUAUCAGUCGAGAGAGAACACACAAUAACGUU